GGAGAUUAUGUAUGUUGUAUGUACAUAGUUCCUGUGCGAAACGUCGGAAUAGCGUUUUGAAUUGUAUACUGAUUAAUUAAUAGUCAAUAAAACCAUUGUAAUUAGUGAAAAAUGCCGGAAGUUAGAGAUGAUCCUCGCCAAGUCCUGACCCUUCUGAAUUCUUUGGGGUUCGUGGGUAUAACUGGGGAGCAGCUGAAGGCAUUUAUGAAGGAUUUGAAAAUGUAUAGAAAAAUUAAGGAUCGUGAACGCCAGCAGUGGAAGGACGAGAUGAAACGGAGAAUCCUUGAAAAACAAAGGGCAGAAUUAUCAAAAUUAUUAACGAGCCCUUCCAGCCCGGAUAUUCCCCAACAACCUGAUGAUCCUGUUGUUGAGAUUAAAAUUCAGUGCGUCUCUGACAGUGAUACGACUACCGAAGCCGAAAAUGAAGUUACCACGAUCAUGACCCAUAAGACACGUCCUCAGCCGCAGGGAGAAAGAAAUGCUCCAAUUAAUUCUGUGGAUGUGGAUAGUAGAUCGAGAACCAGGGGUAAGACAAUUAGUGAGGUAAAACCAUCGCGUAACGUGAGAACUGUGACACCUCCGCGACCUGCAAGCGCUCCAGAUCUGUCAAAACUAGAGCCAAGGGCAUCUAGAUCCAAGAGUUCGUCCUCAGAACCCACGAAGAUUCAAGAGUCUUCCAGAAAUCCGUCGAGGUGUUCCUCUCGAUCACAGUCCAAGUCAUUCAUUAGACCUUGGAGGCUGAUUCCUGAGGCCCAACGUUUGGCACAACCCACUAAAUCCGAUCCAGUAACGCUGUACCAAAAUUAUCAGAAGGAAUGGAAGCAAAUCUCAUUUCCUGGAGAGAAUCGACACGCGGAUAUUCGGUGGGCAGUAAGAGAAAAGAUGUUGGGCACUGACCCAACUCCAAGGCCCAUUCUCAAGAAGUCCAGCAGUACAUUGAGUGUCAAAAGGAGAUGACGCUUUCAAUAUUUCUUGCGUGAUGUCAAUAGAUAUUCGGUUAUUAUAGGGAAACAGACGAAAACACGAACAGUGAAGAUUUUAUGAUUUAAUAAUUAUUAGAUAAUACAUAUGUUUACUUUUAUUGAUCAGUUUUAUGCUUGAUCAGAUUUGAACUUCUUUGUGAAAGCACGGUUGUCAGAUCUGUGCAGGUGGUGCAGUAAUUUAUCCUCUAUUCGACGAGCUGCCCGCUCCGUUAAGACCAGAGUAUCAUGUUUCAACAUACUGUAAACGUUUAAACCUUUGAACAGAAUAAAGAAUUGUGGUUUCAGAACAAAAA